GUGGGGAAAGUCACGUGAGGUAAUGUCACGUGGGGGAGGGGUGUGGGCAAUUGCUCAUUAACCGCCCCCCCUCCCUGUCUUCCCCCUCCUUCUCUUUACCGAGCGGAGCUGAGGUGGAGGCCGCGCGUUCACCGGGUCCGGCAUUGAGUUGAGCGCUCGGAACAGAGAUGGCUGCAAUUCGGAAAAAGUUGGUGAUUGUUGGAGAUGGUGCUUGUGGCAAGACAUGUCUUCUGAUUGUCUUCAGUAAAGAUCAAUUUCCUGAGGUGUAUGUACCAACUGUUUUUGAAAACUACAUUGCAGACAUUGAAGUGGAUGGCAAACAGGUUGAACUUGCACUCUGGGAUACAGCUGGGCAAGAAGAUUAUGAUAGACUUCGACCUCUCUCCUAUCCAGACACUGAUGUUAUUUUAAUGUGUUUCUCAAUUGAUAGUCCAGACAGCUUGGAAAAUAUUCCUGAGAAGUGGACACCUGAAGUGAAGCACUUUUGUCCCAGUGUGCCUAUAAUUCUAGUUGGAAAUAAGAAGGACUUGAGAAAUGAUGAAAACACACGGAAAGAACUUGCCAAGAUGAAACAGGAACCUGUAAAGCCGGAGGAAGGGAGGGAUAUGACCAACAAGAUCAGUGCUUUUGGUUAUAUGGAGUGCUCUGCCAAAACAAAGGAAGGAGUUCGGGAAGUCUUUGAGAUGGCCACACGGGCUGCAUUACAAGUCAAACAUAAGAAGAGACGCAAGUGUGUGUUGUUGUAGGGAUCUAAAGCAUACUAUCGCAUGUACUGUAUUGGACGUAAUAACAUUUAUCAAACUCUUUACACAGUAUAUGGAGACUUGCUCUUCCCCUGGUUUCCGAAUGGCUACUUUUCAAACACUUUAGUCUGAGCCUUUGACUUGCUGUGUAAUGCUUAGUAUCUGAAAUAGGGCAAUGGGAGGAGUUUAGUGUUGACUUGACCAUGAACACCAGCACCUCAUGACAGUGUGGGUUUAUGUACUGUAAGAUCGGGGGUUGGGGGAAACGGUGGGAUUUGGUACCAUUUGGGUAUCUACAUUGUUAUAAAUUCAUUAUAAAAAGUAACCGUAGUGUCAAACAACUUUUCUGCAUAGUUCCAUUAACUUGAACAUUUGAUACAAAGCAUGAAUUAGUUUGUGUAAACAUUUUAUUCUGUAUCCUUAAUCACUAUUUGCUGAAAUAGUUUCAAAAAAAACUUCUCUACACUUUACAUUUUUCUCUCCAUUCUAAGUAUCGCAAGCCAAUCUCGCAGUAGUGCAAUGGGCUCCUGUGAAUGGUAGUGUAAUGGCUUUUGUAUAAUUGCAUUCCAUUAAGCAUCUUGAUUCUCUUGUAGAUUUAUUGUAUUGAGAUUCAUUUGUAUCGAAGCGAUUUAUAUAAAAUGCUAACUGUCAACACCUGAUCGUAAGCACCUAUUCUAAGGGUUUACAGUUGUAACCAUGUUCUGAGUUCUGUGGUAACUGAGCUAUAUUUCCUGCACAGUUACAAUUGCUCAGAGGCUCUGCUCCCUUUGUACAAUAGACUUGUAAUUGCCUUGUUAAUCAAUUGCUAGACAAGUUGCUGAAGCAGUUUACCCAAAGAAUGUUCCUAGACAUUUCCUCUGGUUAUCUGCAGCCUGCACAGCUAGCAUGUCUUUCUCUUGUAUGCAAUAACCAAUGAUGUGGCUUCAAUGCAAAAUCAUUUUGCUUCCAUCCUGGGUUACAACAUUCAGACAGUUGGCACUUACCAAAUGUUUUAAAAAAAACCUAGAAAUAAAUUCAAUGGAACACUUUAAACUGUGCCUGUAAUUGAAAUUGCAGUAAAAGUUUUUCAUUUUGUUCAAGAUUUUCAUGUGAAAGUACUUGGAAUUUGAAACAAAGUUAAACAGUAAACCUAACAGAUGUAGCAUGA